GCGGGCAGGGGACAAGGCCAGGGUAUAAAGCCCGGCCCGCCCGGCCGCGCGCAGCCUCCUAGCCUGUCCAUUUCCCUCCUGUGCAGAGCUCACCCACCCGCGGCAUGAGCAGCACCCCCGCGCCGGGCUCGGCGCCCGCCAGCCUCACACUCUGGGACGAGGAGGACUUCCAGGGCCGUCGCUUUCGGCUGCUGAGCGACUGUGCGAACAUCUGUGAACGCGGAGGCCUGCGCCGGGUGCGCUCGGUCAAGGUGGAAAACGGCGUUUGGGUGGCCUUUGAGUACCCUGACUUCCAGGGACAGCAGUUCAUUCUAGAGAAAGGAGACUAUCCUCGCUGGAGCGCCUGGAGUGGCAGCAGCAGCCACAACAGCAACCAGCUGCUGUCCUUCCGGCCAGUGCUCUGCGCGAACCACAGUGACAGCCGUGUGACACUGUUUGAGGGGGACAACUUCCAGGGCUGCAAGUUCGACCUCAGCGAUGACUACCCAUCCUUGCCCUCCAUGGGCUGGGCUAGCAAGGAUGUGGGUUCCCUCAAAGUCAGCUCUGGAGCGUGGGUGGCCUAUCAGUACCCAGGUUACCGAGGCUACCAGUAUGUGUUGGAGCGGGACCAGCACAGCGGCGAGUUCCGUACCUACAGUGAGUUCGGCACACAGGCCCACACCGGGCAGCUGCAGUCCAUCCGGAGAGUCCAGCACUAGGCUCCUCGGCCCCAGACACCUUCCCUGAGGACCCUCAAUAAAGGUUCCUCAAUCUUCCUGCC